GCCAAAACGAAAGUUCCUUUCUCGAGAUAUUAAAUUGUCAAAAAAUAGUCAGUUUUCACAGACAGGUCACAAAAACCGAGUUUACUUGACCAUUCAAUAUCUCGAGAAAGGAACAUUCGUUUUAGCUGAAACUUUCAAGCAAUUCUAAUGACUAUUAGACCUAUCUAUGAGCAAAUUUUCAGAUCGAAAUUCUUUAAUUCGACUUUUUUUGGAAAUCCCUUGUCGCAUGCCCAAAAUUCAGUAAAACGGUCAUAACUCUUCACCGAUAGGUCAUCGGCACGAAUAUUUUUAGGGUUUUCUUAGUCUCAUAGAGACCUACCUUGUAGCCAUAAUAUGGAGUCGAACGGCAUCCGUCCGUUGGGCACCUUCCCUCGUCAGUAGAAUAUAAGAGAUUAUCGAAUUUACUUUUAGAUUAUAUCGAAUGUGUUUUGGAAAAUUGAUUGAGAUAUUAUUGUAAAUUAAUUUGUAUUGAAAAAAUUAUUUUAAAACUUAAUAAAUUAAUUUAUGUAAAAUUUGAAUUAAAACAUUUUUUAGAAAAAUUUAUUGCUAACUAUGGAAAGUUUAGUUUGCACCGCUUAUAGUUUCUGAGUCUAUAGAAAUUUUCAUAAAGUGAAACAAUUUCUCUGUAUAAAGUACAAUCUAUUUGAAAAGCUAUUAUGACAAUUUCUAUAUAGUUGAAAUGUAAAAGACGAUGGAGUUACUGAUGUUAUAAAAGAAAGAAUUUAAGAACGUAGAUUUUUAUUUAUGAAUUCUUAUCUGCUAUUCAUGCAUGUCGAUGAUGAAAAAUUUUAAUCAACAUUGAUUUCAGCCAGUGUGAAAGAACGGCAAAGGACAGCUAUCUUAAAUAUUAAGGUAUCUAUCAUAGUGGACAGUCGUUGUUAGGCGUUGCUAAGGUGUCUACCACAUCUAUGGACUGGGGAGAGGGAGGUUGAAAUGUCUACCCCUAUAGUUUAAUACUCGUUUUAGAUUCAUAUUUCACAAAAUCUCACUUCAAAACUAUAUGAUUCAUUAUUAUGAAUUUCUAUUUACUGAUAUUUUAUGCUAGAUUAAGAAUAAAAUCUUAGAGUAUUUAUAUAAACAUCAUUUCUAGUGAUAGAAAAUCAUUGGUUAGCACUAUAAAUGAUGAAUUAGACUUCUAUUUGAAUACUCAAAACUAUUAAUUUAUUAUUGAGUAUUCUAUAUUUCAUCUAAAAAAAAAAGAUGUCACUCGUAUUGCUAUGUGGAUAGUGUUUGAUUGGUGUUUAAUAAUGCAUUACCAGUUAAUAUUUAUAGCACAACCUUGACUCAUUUUUGAAUAUUUUUUUUUCUUGCACAAUCGAUUCUAUCUGAUGGUCAGUUAGGUCUUUUAUAAUUAUAAAUUUAUUUGGAUCUUUGAUUUUUAUAUGUAUAUAUAUAUAGGCUGACGUAGCACCUACUCAAAGAACACAAGGAUGUGAUGGAAUUGACGAUGGUGCAGUAAGUGAAGAAGAUAGCAUUCAAGAAUCAAAAAUAUGGGGUCGACUUUUAUCAAUAAAUAAACAUUUUCCAUCAGUAAAUUUAAUUGAUAAUGAAUACUCAUUAGGUCGUGGUAAAAAAUGUUCAAUAGUACUUGAUUCAAAAGAACUUCAAGCAUCAAAAUAUUAUCUAACAUAUUCAUCUAUACAUUUUAAAAUUAUUCGUGAUACAGUUAAAAAUUAUGUUUAUAUUCAAGAUUUAUCAUCUAACGGUACAUAUAUAAAUGGUGAAAAAAUUGGUAAAAAUAAACGGCAUGUUCUUGAUAAUAAUGCUGAAAUAGCUUUAGCAUCAAAAGCACAUCGUGUUUAUGUUUAUGUUGAUACAAAUGCAACAGAAGAUUCAACUGUUCCAUCGAAUGUACGUGAAAAAUAUAUUGUAUCAAAAGAAAUUGGACGUGGUGCUUAUGGUGAAGUUAAAUUAUGUUUCAUUCGAGGUAAAAAAAAAAAAACUAGAAUAUAUUCAAAACUUAUUAAAGCUCUACCAUGA